AUGUCUUUCAAAUCCUGCAUUGCACUGCUGGCGACUGUGGGAGUGGCGACCGCGCAGUCUAGCGUCGUCUCCUUGUUCAUGCCCGAUACCGAUCCUCAGCCCCUGGCGGCUUCGAUUGUUGGACAGUCUUCCGGUAAAGUGACAUACAGCAUCAACUGUCCCGCGGGCACCGAUCCGACGAAUUGUGGAAUGGGCCCCGGCAUGCUCUACACCUCUGCCCCCAAUGAUAUCGAAUGGUCGAUCGUCGAGCCUAGCGAUGACUUCACUGCACGAAUUGUCUGCUCCAUGGGCGGCACCACGACCGCCAAAUGCACGGAGAUGAUGGGUGGUUCGGCGGCCAAUUUCCCCGGAACUUCGACUCUCGACCUCGCCCAGAGUCAGAUCACCUACUUGCCCGUCACCGUGACCGCGGGCGCUAUCACAGCGGGUGACUCCACGACGACAGCGACUGCGUCGGCCACCUCGACUAUCUCAAAGGCUUCGAGUGCGGCCCCGUCGACUGUCUCAAAGGCUUCGGGUGCGGCCUCGUCGACUAGCACUGGUGGCUUGCCUCGAAUUACUGGGAAUCCGCGAGCUGUCUUGGGUGGUGCGGCGGCUGCGUUGAUUGCGGCGGCUUUGUAG